UGUGUCUCCGCGCCGCCGUGAUGGGCAACACCGUCGCCAGGGAGGAUUUCGAGUGGGUCUACACGGACCAGCCUCAUGCAGACCGCCGCAAGGAGAUCCUGGCGAAGCAUCCAGAGAUUAAAGCGUUGAUGAAGCCAGACUACAACUUGAUCUGGGUGGUUGUGCUGAUGGUUCUCGCACAGUUGACUGCAUUUUAUCUAGUUAAAGACUUGGACUGGAAAUGGGUAAUCUUCUGGGCAUACGUUUUUGGAAGCUGUAUUAGCCACUCCAUGACUCUGGCGAUUCAUGAGAUCUCCCACAACAGUGCCUUUGGCAACAGCAAAGCAAUGUGGAAUCGAUGGUUUGGGAUAUUUGCCAACCUCCCGCUUGGUCUCCCAUACUCCAUAUCCUUCAAGAGAUACCACAUGGAUCAUCAUCGUUAUUUAGGAGGUGAUGGAAUUGAUGUGGACAUUCCUACCAACUUUGAAGGCUGGUUUUUCUGCACCCGUUUUAGGAAGUUCAUAUGGAUUGUUCUUCAGCCAUUUUUCUAUGCAAUUAGACCUCUCUGCAUCAAUCCCAAACCUAUUACUCGACUUGAAAUAAUUAAUUUGUUGGCUCAACUUUCCUUUGAUGUCGUGAUAUAUUAUUUAUGGGGAGUUAAAUCCACAUUUUACAUGCUUGCCGGUUCAGUACUUGGACUUGGGUUGCACCCAAUUUCAGGACACUUCAUAGCUGAACAUUACAUGUUUUUGAAAGGACAUGAGACGUAUUCCUACUAUGGGCCACUUAAUUUGCUCACUUUUAAUGUUGGCUAUCACAAUGAACAUCAUGACUUUCCUAAUAUUCCUGGCAAGAGCCUUCCACUGGUGAAGAAAAUAGCAGCUGAAUACUAUGACAACCUGCCACAGUAUAACUCCUGGGUAAAAGUACUAUAUGACUUCGUGAUGGAUGACACAAUCAGCCCAUAUUCACGUAUGAAAAGGCACUUAAAGGGUGAAGUGAAGCAAGAUUAAACUUCCGGCAACCAAACAAAAAAGACACUGAAAUGUCUGCUUGCUUUUAAGUGGCUGGUAUAAGGUCUCUUGCUAAAGCUGUUCACCAGUGUCCUGAAUUAAGAUUUACAGCAACACAGCAAUGCAUCCUUAAGGAUUUUGUAGCAGGCUCCUACCAGCUGUAACAUUCCUUGCAGUCCUUGGAUUUGUUGGUUUAAUGUGUCUGUUUGCCUAAGAUCAGUGUUAUAUACAUAAUGCUAAAUCACUGUUACAGGUUAUACUUUAGCAGGUGUUAAAUCUAUGUAAAAUACCUGCUUGCCUCUUAAAAAAAUACUGAGUUCUCAAUGUAGUAUGCUGCCCACAAAAUGCUGUUUAGAUGACUGUAGCCUUCAAAUGCUGUACUUACCUGUUAAUUCUACCCUAACAUGAUUUGUUAACAUAAACCUUCUGUUGAACCUAUUUCCUAACUUAUGGGUGGAUGAACUAAAUUUGCACAGAAGUUUUAAGUCUUUUUCUGUUUAAAUAUGUAACAUGUCAUUUGAAGCACUGGUUUAAAGUUCUGCGUUUUCUAAGGAGCAGUCUGUCAGAAUGAACCUGGUAUCUUUGAGAUAGCUUGUGUGGCUUCCUUGUGAAAAGGUGGGGAAUUCAAGGGUAUUACCAACUUUGUGUGUCGCCACCUACUGUUUAAGCUGCUUGUGUUGGCAUAUACCUUGAGCAGCCAGCAUUUAGAGUUGUGUUGUUUAAGCCGUUAGGUAGCUUAAUGUAACUGAUAAGGUUUUUCCUUUUUCGUAAUGGAAAAGGUCUUGUUACACUUUGGGGUUUUUUUGUGUUCAAAGAAAAAGGCUUAGGCUUGUCCUAAUUGUCGCUGCUAUUGCCAUGGUUUUAAAUGCUCAAUCUAUAAAUUUUUACACUCAUCUGGAAAUUCAGCUUGUAUGGAAAACUGAAGCAAUUGAAACAGGUACUGUCUGGCAAACUAUUAAGUAUAUUAGUCAUGUGUGUACAUAUAAAGGUGUUGCUAAAUGAUCUUUUUUUUUUUCCCUUCCUAAACCUACAGUACCCUACAUACACAUUUGCCUUUCUUGCAUACUAAAAUGUCAUGGAAGCACAGGUGGUGAUACCGAAUUUCCUGCUUAAGAAGUUUUUAAAUUGGGAACAGAGAAUGCAUAGACUUCCUGAACACUGAAGAAUCUCUACAUACCUCAGAGCAGUGCAUUUACCUUCUGUGGUUUAAUGUACUGAUGAUGGCUUUAAGCAGCCAAAGAUAGCUACAAAUCACCCUUAAAUCUCAAAUGGUGACUCUAUGGUUCACUUACAAAGAUGGAAUUUGAUGAAGGUGUAAGUAUUAGCUGCUGUCCACAGUGGUCUGCUGUAAGUAACUUAAUUUUUAGAUGCUGCCUUCAACUUGCGUAUUUCGUUUUGGUGUGUUUUGGGGGAUUCUUUUUAAGAAGCGGAGAGCCUGACAAGAGUAUGUUGAUGCCUCUUAAUCCUUGCUCAACUGUGGUCUUAUUUUUAAUGUGUUUUAAGUGUGGGGCUCUUACCUGUGGCUAAGCACUAGAAAUGGUAUGCAAGUGUGCCAGCCACUUACGGCAGGAUAACGAAGUCACUUUGUAACAUGCUAGCUGGCCAGCAUAUUGCUCAGGGUAGAGUGUAAUGUCAAAAUAGACUUUAUCUACUAUUCUUACAUGUAAUUAAAACGCAAAUAUUAAAGUAAUAUUGGAUGAA